CCAGUUUCGAUCGAAAACCUGCCGUAAAACAGCCGCCGCCGCCGUGGAGUUUCUUGUUACUGGUCCACGUGGUACAGCACGCGCUCUGCGCGCGAGGCCAGCGCGCAUUUGCCGGGCGAAACUGCGCUUUUGAUCACUUCUCGCCCAGCUCUCGUCCCUUCCGCAGUCUUUCCUUCAUACUCUCUGCCACACGCACCCAGCGACUGGAGAGAGAAGCGGGGGAAGCUCUCACGUCCAUCCGCUGGCUUCCUCGGCGACGUCAACGGGUUUGUGUUUCUUUAAACAUCCUCCCUCCACACUCCUCCGUCUCCCCUUUCCCUCAACGGCCACACGUCUUGCUUCCCUCCCCCCAGCACACUCUCUCUCCCCAUCCCCCACCCGGCGCGGUGCUAAGGGAGGCUACUCUCGUUGCGGGUGACGGGUCGGGCGCUCGGCGGUCGAGACCUGCCAGAGAACGGAGCUUGUGUGCACGUGAGACGCUGGCUGGCUUGGCGAUGCCUAUCGUGGAGGGAGCCUGGGUGACUGGUGGCUGCGCCUGAAGAAGAAAGACUAAAAGCCCUGCCCUGACCCCUACCUCGGUGUGGGUCUGUGUGUACAUGCGUGUUGGCAGUUCUGUGCGGACGGCUUCAGGAAUCGCCAUGACAUGGACCUACCCGACGGACGGCACCUAACGGGUGUCCGACUAGAGGGAUGCCAGCUACUGUUGCACCGCAGCGGAAGUACAACGAACGAUCGUCUUUCAGCAGACGACUUUCUCUGUUGGGUCUCCUCCACCUGUUGGCAGCAGUCAUGGCGCGUAGCGUCGCCUUUCAUCUUCUCCUCCGCCAGGUAGACUGGCUCGUGGUUGGUGUGUGUGAACUGGGAUCUUGAUUGUUAUUGUUUUCCGGAAUAACCUGCCCUAGCCUCUUUUUGUCUCCAUGGAAGGCGGGGUGAGUUCCUGGAGUCAAGGUUGUGAUCCAGCCGCUGGUGCUGCCCAGCAGGGAACGGUCGCUGUCUUUCUACGGCCAGACGUGGCGAAAGAGCCAGAUGAGGGGUCGUGGCAGGACAACAACAAUGGCGACGAUAGUGGAGACGGUGAGAACAUCAGAGGAAAGCCCCCUCUGCCUCCUCCUCCUCCACCCCUUCCUCCGCCAUCGCGACCCAUCAGGUGGCCACCCGGGAUGGACCAAUACCCUCAGGACAGAGUGGUGGUGGAGGCCUCGCCAGAGCUGGAGCUGGAGCAGCGGGUGAUGCUGAACGUGGGAGGAGUGCGGCACGAGACUCGGCUGUCCACCCUGCGGGCCAUCCCCAACACCCGCCUCUCCCGCCUGGCUCACACCCAUACACAACUGGCACUGGCCUCACCCUCACCCACCCCUACCACUCCCUCCGUGUCGCCCGCCUCACCUGUCACACCCCCCACUGAGUAUUUUUUCGACCGCCACCCCGCCGUCUUCAACGCAAUCAUCGACUUCUAUCGUACAGGUGAGCUGCACGUGCCGCUGGAGGUGUGCGGGGCGGUGGUGAAGCGCGAGCUGGACUUCUGGCAGAUCGACGAGAUGGAGAUCAAGGCCUGCUGCUGGCGCCACUACCGCUCCUACAUCGAGAACCAGGCCAUCCUCGACUCCUUCAACCAGUCGCUGCAGCGCGAGUGUCACAACGUCAACCUCGACCAGCUGCAAGGGUGGAACAAGCUGCAGAUGCGAGUCUGGCUCAUCCUGGACCACCCUCGCACAUCCAAAGCUGCCAUGACAUACGGCAUCGUGUCUUUCCUCUUCGUGGUGACGUCCAUCGCUGGAUUCUGUCUGGAGACCCUGCCGGGGCUGCAGCCGGAAGUGAAGUACAACGUCACUGCCAACUGCAAGGGUAAGGAGCAGGUCAUCGCCAGCGUGAUGACCUCUAACCCCGCUCUCAACGCCGUGGACGUCAUCUGCACCGUCUUCUUCACGCUGGAGCUCAUACUGCGCUGCGUCUUCGCUCCCAGCAAGCUGCGCUUCGUCAUCUCGCCCAUGAACAUCAUCGACCUCCUGGCUCUCGUGCCGCUGUACGUGCAGAUCAUCUUCCACACCUCCGACAUGCAGGCGUGCUACAUGAACGAGCGCUUCGUCAUCGAGAUCAUGUUCAUCCUGCGCAUCUUCCGCAUGUUCCGCAUCUUCCACCUGGUCAAGCACUACCAGGCCCUCAAGGUCCUCGUCUACGCCAUGCGCGCCAGCCUUCAGGAGCUGCUGAUGCUCUUCAUCUUCCUGCUCAUCGCCAUGCUCGUCUUCGCCACCAUGAUCUACUAUGCGGAGCGGCAGGACGCCACGAGACCCUCCGAGAAGUUCAGCACCAUCCCCAUGGGCUUUUGUUGGGCCAUCAUCACCAUGACCACCGUGGGCUACGGUGACGUCGUGCCGGUCACUCCUAUUGGCUACAUCGUCGGUACGGCCUGCUGCGUCGUCGGUGUUCUACUGGUGGCCUUGACCUUCCCAGUCAUCUCCAAUAACUUCACGCUCUUCUACCAGCACGUCCGUUCGCGCCCAUCCACGCCUCCCAGCACCGAGACCGAUCGGUGAGAGAAAAAGGUGGAGGCCGCGGGUUGGGUUCAGCAAGACGAAGAAGAGGAGCGUCUCCUGUACACGCCCACCAGCUCCCCCUCCCACGUGGACCCCAGGAAGUCGUCGUGGCCCUCCAUGCGUGUC